AGCCACCGAGGACUGUACGGCAGCUGGGGAACGGUUUGACGGGGACACAGGGCCGCUCUGAGGCCGGCGAGAUGCUCCCUUCGUUGCAGGAAUCGCUGGAUGGGGACGAAAAGGAGCUGGAGAGCAGCGAGGAGGGCGGCCCUGCAGAGGAGCGGAGACUCGAGCCGCCGCCCAGCAGCCACUACUGUCUCUACAGCUACCGCGGAAGCAGAUUGGCACAGCAACGAGGGGACAGUGAUGAUGGAAGCCCAGGUGGCACAAACGCAGACACUCCCUCUGGUGAUGAUUUCAGCCUCUCCUUGGUGGACACUAAUCUGCCAUCAGAAGUGGAGCCGGAGCUGCGCAGUUUCAUUGCUAAGCGUCUUUCGAAGGGAGCGGUCUUUGAAGGGCUGGGUAAUGUUGCAUCUGUGGAGCUGAGAACCCCAGGGUACCAAGUUGGUUGCUAUUAUUGCCUUUUCCAACAAGAAAACCUGCUUCCUGAAACAGCAACACUGGACUCUGAACACAGUCCUUCAGAGUAUGUGGUCUGCUUUUUAGGAGGGUCUGAAAAAGGACUUGAGCUUUUCAGGCUUGAAUUGGACAAGUACAUUCAAGGACUUAAAAAUGACAUGACCUGUGAGGAAAUGGGCCUGGAGAAGGGCAUCAAGUCCUAUCUGAGCAGCUGGUUUGAGGACGUGGUGUGCCCCAUCCAAAGGGUCGUUCUUCUCUUCCAGGAGAAGCUUACCUUUCUGCUGCAUGCGGCUUUGAGUUACACGCCUGUGGAAGUCAAGGACUCAGAUGAGAAAACGAAGAGAGACAUUAACAGGUUUCUGAGUGUGGCCAGUCUUCAGGGACUUAUUCACGAAGGCACCAUGACAUCUCUGUGCAUGGCUAUGACGGAGGAGCAGCACAGGUGUGUGGUCAUCGAUUGCAGCGGCUCCCAGCCACGAUUCCGUAAUGCAGGAAGCAAUCGGUUUUGUGAAGAGUGGAUGCAGGCUUUUUUAAACGGCGCUGAAGGGGGUAAUCCUUUCCUCUUCCGACAAGUGCUGGAGAACUUUAAACUAAAGGCCAUACAAGACACAAACAAUUUGAAGAGGUUUAUUCGGCAGGCAGAAAUGAAUCAUUAUGCUUUGUUUAAAUGUUACAUGUUCCUAAAGAACUGCGGUAGUGGAGACAUCCUUCUGAAGAUUGUCAAAGUGGAACAUGAAGAAAUGCCCGAAGCCAAAAAUGUGGUAGCUGUCCUUGAAGAAUUCAUGAAAGAAGCUCCUGCCCAGAGUUUUUGAUCGUGUUUUAGCUGUGUCAUGAAGUCGUUCAGUCACGCUCCGGCGUUUGAAAUUGCAGUUGUUAUCAUCGCUCGUAGGAUUACUAUUGAAGAUCAUCUGAAACAUUCCAGAUUCUUUCUCCUUUUGUACUUUGACAUUUGAACUUAAUAGGAAAAUCUGAGGAAUGUCUUCACCGAGGCCCAGCUGUGUUCUAGUUGCAGCAUUUCAGUGUUUCACCAGCCCCUUGAGCUCUAGACUUUAGGAAAGUGUUGCUUAAAAAACUUCAGAGGUGGUUUUGUGGCUUCUCAGGAGUUUGUUACAGUAUCAAGCAACUUCUCUUCCCAGAAAAAAUUAUAUAAUUCUUUCAAUGGAUUGUAGCUUCUUUAAAAAAAAAAAAAAAUGGAAUACUAGUUUUAGGACAGGCUAGCACCACUACACCAUUUUGGAGAUGGACUUGUGCAUCCUGUGGGUGCUUGAUACGUAUUUUCAUCUGAUUGACAAUAGAUGGAUGAUGAUGCCAGCUUUUAUGUCAAUAUGCAAAUAAAUCAUGAGUGUAUGAGAAAUUACGUGAGCUUUAAAAAUAGAUGUACUACCUUCAAGGUACAACGUUGUGUCUGGUGGAUUGGCCCCAUCAGCACUUGUCUUUGUUCAUAGGUAUUUGCCGAGAGCCUGUAGAUUGUUUUUUCUUCUAGAUGAAAAUUCUGGAGUUUUUAAAGAGUGUUAAGAAACAGUAUAUAAAUCUGGGGCCAGUGUUGUGGCGUAGCAGGUUAAGCUGCUGCCUAUGAUGCCAGCAUCCUAUAAGGGCACUGGUUUGAGUCCUGGCUGCUCCACUCCCUAUCCAGCUCCCUGCUAAUGCACCUGGGAAAGGCAGUGGAAGAUGCCCCAAGUGCCUGGGCCCCUGCAGCCAUGAGAGCCCCAGAUGAAGCUCCUGGUUCCUGGCUUUGGCCUGACUCAGCCAGCCCUGGCUGUUGCAGCCACUUGGGAAGUGAACCAGCCGAUCACUUCUCAUCUCUGUCUUUCCAAAUAAUCUUGAAAAAAAAAAAAAAAGCAUAUAAAUUACAAGCAAACUAUAAGAUGAGUGGUGCAAACAGCAGUUCUUCCUGUCAGUCAUUGACUUUGUUUUUCUGUGCAUUUGUGACAAACUUCAGAUUGUUUUACUGAGUCAAGAGAAAACGCCCUCUGCCGGCCUCUGGGGGUUCCCAAGGAAGCCGACUGCAGCCCCACACGCUUGUUCUACCUAGCUGCAUAGUGAAUUUUUUUGAUAAUGAUUUUUGUUUAGAAGAUGAGAAGGCUUGUGUUCUUACUGCCCUCGGGAUGCUCAGAGGAACACAAGCCUGUAGAACUGAGGAAUCCUCUCUCAGCGGGAUCCAAAUUCACAUGAAGUGCUGAGUUUUUACUUUCAAAGUGACGAUGCCCUCUGCCUUCUCUCGUAAAUCUAGGGACAUGACUCACUGAACCAUUUCUUUUCCUUUAACGAGAAGUACAAUUCAGGAUCUUCGCAAAUGCUUUUAUGUGGUUUCAAACUUCAAUAACUGGGAUUAUAGGGAGUGUAGAAAAAAAUCUAAGUAGCAUGUUUUAAAUGGCAUUAAAUUCAGGAUGACUGGGAAAUCAGCAAUGUUGUGACACUAUCCUUGAAUCUGUCUAAUGCACUUGGUUGCCCACUUGAAGAUCAGUUUUUAAGUAAGCAACAUAAGGACAUCAACAUUUUGAGUCUGGAAAACAUCCUUUUCAUUUUCACAUUUGUAUGUCAUUCAAGAGUCCAUGUUGUAAAUAGCAUUUAAAAGUAAAUGUAAAAAUAAAAAUAAAUGUAUUACCUACUAUAAAUCAUAAGAAUGUAACAUACUGCAUAUCACUACUAUAAACAAGAAAAAAGUGUCUUGGCAUUGAAUAUCUUGUCAUAAGGAACAGAACUUAUGAUUCCAGCAUACUCUAUUCUGAUUUUAAUAUCCUAACAUAUUAACCUUUAAACUUUAAAAAGUUUAAAAAUGGAUGUCUAGAUAUGGAAUAAAUUUAUGUAUUACUUACGUGCUGUACACAGAUGUAUGUUUGUCAUGUAUCAAGAAUGGUUUGUUUUACCUGUAAUUAUAUUUGUAAUAAUAAAAUUUAACUUCUCAUGAA